AUGUCCCUGCCCCUCCUCUCUUCACAGCCACGACCACAAUCGAUUCUUCUACCCAGCCCAUCCUCGAGUAACAGCUUGUCUUCUGCCGCCAGUAGUUCCUCGGUCUCCUCGUUAGGCGCUUCGAGUUCGUCGUCACACACAUCCGCUAGCUAUGCUAGCACCCCUACUGCGAUGAACAAAGACCAGCAAAGGAAAAUACGUUUCGCACCCCUUCCCGACCCCCGCCGAGAUGAACCAGUCGACAUUGCCGAAGAGUCUGAAGACAUGCCGCCACCGCCAAGCCCAUUGCCUAACCGACCCGCUUCUCCUGCAUUUUGCCCGGCUCGCCCCUCUUCCCCCUCGCCUUCUGCAUCGCCAAGUUGGGGCAAGCCGAAGAGUCUUUUACGCGCUUUGCGAAAGGGAAAUGCAGUUGGUCUCACUUCGAGCCGCUCUCUCGACAGUGCCCCAGAUGCCAGUUGGGGCGCCUCCCUGCAGCGCUGGUCCUCGGGAAGCAGUCUUGGAUCCCCUCUGGCGCGAACUCAAAGCCAGACAAGCAAUGCAAGCAGCACAAAGCGAACCCGCUCGCUGUUCAGCAUCGGCAACGGCAACGACAAGGGGAAGGCCACUCCGCGGAACCCGUUUGCCAAUUCGCUUGCGACCAAACGCGGAACUCGAAUGUUGAAUGGACGCGUCUAUGGCUCGCGAAAUGCUGACGGCACCCAUAACCCCUUCGGUAAUGCGCGAGAUGAAGAACCUGAAUUCGUUGAGUGGGGAUAUGGUGGGAUGGGCUCGGUGCGUAACGGCGCUGGGAACUCGGCAUGGAAUAGGGUGCAGGCUGGUGGCGCGCCAAGAACGAGCGGGACAGCGGCCAACAGCGGCGAUGUUCAUAUUGGAAUGGGUGUGGUGGGUGAUGGAGAUGAAGAUGGAGAUGAUGGGAGCGGAAUGGGCUGGGUUCGCAAGAGGAGAGAGGCAAGGGAACGAGAAGCAAAAGAACGGGCAGAGAGGGAGGCAAAGGAGGCUGAAGAGAACACGCCAACAACACCUACCGCAACAGAUUCGAUGCCUGCUUUGGAUUCAACAACGCUGGACGAAGAGCAGCAUGUACUCCGUGCUGUAACACUGCCAGCGGGUUUCCGUGGGCACCACCAUCACCAUCGCUCGAGCUCAAAUCCUCUUGGCAGCGGUAGCCCGGCGGCGGACGACGAUGCCAAGCCGUCUCAUCACACUAGCUCAGAUUCUGACUCUGACUCGGGAGACGACGAUGACGAUGUGAAGGACAAUCCAGCGGAAAGCGACACAGAGAGCGAUCUAGAGGAGGAGGAGAUCGAGCAACGACGGGCAACAGCGCUGAGCGCUGGCGUGGAGAAAAUCAGUCGGCAUAAGGAGUGA